AUGGGAUGGCGCAAUGUGACCGCGAUGAAUAGUACUGCAAAUGAUUAUUCACAUUUAAAAUGGCCAUUAACAUUUGCUAGUAUAUUAACAACAUUUUUAGCUUUUAUUCUUCUUUUAAGUUUUCGUUCUGAUUCAUGGUUUACAUAUGAAUUAAUUCAAAUUGGUAAUAAAUCAACAAUAUCAAAUACAACAAGAUAUUCUCGAUUACUUGAAUAUGGUUCAAUAGGUUUAUGGACAAUAUGUAAUGGUCAUUAUGAUGAUUCCGAUCUUAAAUGUGAUUUAUGGACAAAAGAAAAUCGACCUCAUUCCCUUAAUAUUAUUAUAGAAUUAGUUUCAUUUGCAUUAUUUCUUUCAAAUUUAACAGUUUUUCCAUCAUGGGGUUCAUCAAUACUUAUAUAUUAUAAUUCAAAUAAUCGUUAUAUGCGACCUAUUUAUGGUUUUAUUGGGAUUCUAUUGAUUCUAACAUUUUCAUUUACAGUGAUUCUUUUGGUUACAAUAUUAUAUACUGUAUCAACACCUUUUUAUGCUCCAGGACAAUUUGUUCAUGACACAGGUCAUCUUUUUUUUCAAUAUGGUCUUGGUUUAAUUUAUGUUGGUUUUGCAAGUUUUUUGGCUAUUAUAUGUUUGAUAUUAGUAAUUCUAACACUAAUAUGGAAAAAAAUGAUUGAAAUGAAAUUAAAACAAGUUGAUAAAGAUUUUUUACAACAAUUGUCUAAUGAUGGGUAUCAACCAGGUUGGCAUAAAAUGGUUAUUGCACCACGUACACCUCCAACAAAUGAUUCAAGUGGUCAACCACCACCACCAUAUGAAUAUUAA